UUUUCUCCCCUCGCUGGUUCAUACUCAUGCCAUCCGCCCACUCAGCCUGCCAUAGCCUCAAAUCGCCAACCAUUCACGUAUUCACCCAGUGCCCAAGUCCUGAAGUCCUGGCUAGAGCGCACCAUGACCACUUGAUCCCUCUUCGCAGAGGCCGGUAGUCUCACCCCGGAUGUGGCUGGAAUCAGAUCGAACCGCAUCGAACCGCGGUUGCGAGCCAGGUACCUCUGGUUCGGUGACAGGAUGGCGCAGGCGGCAAUUCUUUCGGUCCAAUUGUGCCUUGACCCAGCGGGAUGUGCUCACUGCUCGGUUGGCGUCGGCAAAUUGUCUCGUGGUCACUUCCACUGCCACAGUAGACAAAGAGGGGGGCCACAUCCGAGCCAACCUAAUUCUGGGGGAGAAUGGACUUCAUGAAGUCAUCCAUGGCUUGUUGUUCGUUUUUCUCCACGUGAUUACAUCCAUGAGGCGGACUCGGAGACCAAGACUCUGUCUGUUGAACUGUGCUGUCUAACGGUUGUCGUAUGGAUCGUAGAAGCGGUCAUCUCAGAUAGGUUUAUAUCUAUUACUACUUUGACUUGGUAGGUUGGGCCACUAAAAUUAUAUACAUGUGAAAAAUGAAGCGCUUGGCAUUUACUCAAACUAGUUAGACCUCUUGCUGUCAUAACACU